AUGUCUAUUCGUACAGCUUUAGUAACGGGAUCCGCCAAUGGCAUCGGCCGAGCCAUAGCACUGCGCCUGGCGCAAGAUGGUUUCCAAAUAGCCAUCAACGAUCUUGCCAGCCAAGAACUUCUCAUACAUUCCACCAACGUUAGCUGGCAAUGUGGAGGUGUGCGGACUGCUGUUCUUACUGCAGACAUCAGCAACGAAGACAAUGUCGCGAAUUUGAUUCGAAACACAUCAGAGAUGCUUGGAGGGAUUGAUGUAAGUAUGAAUCAAAACGCCGAUGUCAAAGGUGGGUCCAAACCGAUCCUCGAAAUCAGUGCCAGUGAAUGGGAUAAAGUACAGGCUAUCAAUGUUCGGGGAGUCUUUCUGUGCUAUAAAUAUGCAGCUCAGGAGAUGAUCAACCAGGGUCGAGGAGGGAAGUUGAUUGGAGCUUGUUCUAUCUCAGGAUACCGACCAGUAUGCCACAUCAGAACUCUAGUGAAUAAGUGGGCUGUUCGGGGGCUCACCCAAGCUGUUGCUAUGGACAUGGCACAGCACGGCAUUACGGUCAACGCGCACUGUCCGGGCAUGGUCCGUACCGAUAUCCUUAUGACAGCUGUUCAAGGCGAAAUGCAGACUCCUGAAGACGUCGCUGGUUUGGUACGUUUUCUGGCAGGGAAAGACUCAGAUCAGAUCACUGGGCAGAGCUUGAUCGUAGACGGCGGUGUGGUAUUUUCUUAG